GGGGGACCACUUGCGCGCAAUGUGAUGCAGGAGCAACUAUAUGUAUUCUACGGAGUUACCGAUUAUCCAUCUAACCCCACAAAACUAAAGAUCUUAUCAGCAACUUCAAUACAAUAGGCAUGACAAAAUAGAUAUCGGAAAAUUCGUUGAUUUCCACCUCGGUUUCCGACGUGCGCAUAACCUUAUUUGUCAGCCCCACCAGCAAGUCUGUAAGGGGAAAUCCCAGUCAUGUGAUUCGCCGCACAUGAUAUGAGUCACAUGAUGUUUGAUCUCAAGAUUUGAUUUGACCUCCCAAUAUAGAAAAAUUUUCAUUCUUUGAAAAGUGUUGCAAAAAGUUCAAACCAUUCAAUUGGAUUUAAAACCAGACAAUCAUGUCAGAAUCAUUAUUAUUGUCGAAUCAGGUAAUUCCUACUGAUUACCAUUAUAAACUCACCAUCAAUCAUUUGAAACCAAACUUUUCUGGUGAAGCAAUAAUUCAAUGGAAGAAUACUCUGGAUGAUCUGACCGGGUUCUCGCUAACUUUGCAUGCAUCCAAGUUAGUCAUUACUAGUGCCACUAUUGGAGAUAUCAAAUUGAAGAUUACUUAUGAUAAACAGAAUCAACGUGUUAGUUUCACCACUGAAGAAGCCAUCACUGAAUCUAAUUUGGUUCUCAAAUAUAUGGGACAAAUCAAAACCAUUAGUACUUACAAAGACGCAACUCAAGGAUUAUUCAAAACUAAUUACUUAGAUGAUAUUUCAGGAAAAGCUAACAAUUACAUUAUUGCCACACAUUUCCAACCACACUCGGCUAAGUCUGUUUUCCCCAUCAUUGAUGAAAUACAACAUAAACCAAAUGUUCAAUUGGAUAUAAUUACCGAUACUAAAUUCAAAGUAUUAACCAAUGGUAAACUCACUAAUCAAGAGUAUGUCAAUGAAAACACCUUGCAUCAAUUCAAGUACGAUUUACCUAUUUCUCCUUCAGUUAUGGGGUUUGUAAUUGGCGAUUUGGAGUAUAUCUCUAGCGAGUCUUUGUCGGUACCUACCAGAAUCUACACAUGCAUUGGUGAGAGUAAGUAUGCCAGAUUUGCUCUUUCUACAAUUGAAAAGUAUUUACCUGUUUUAGAACAAAAGUUUCAUCAUUCAUAUCCAUUAUCCAAGCUUGACUUUGUCACUAUUCCGUUCUUGAAUGAUGGAGCCAUGGAAAAUUGGGGGUUGGUCACGGUUAUCCCAUCAACUUUACUUGUGGAUGAGCUUAAUGCUACUGUAGAACAGAAGAAACAAGUCGUGGAAUUGGUUGUACAUGAAUUAGUUCACCAAUGGGUAGGUAACUGGGUUACAUUUGACGAUUGGAACAGUCUUUGGUUCAAUGAGCUGUUUGCUACUUGGGCAACUAAGAUCGUGGCAGGAUAUAGCGUUGAAUAUGAAGAAAUGUUGGACAAGGACUGUUUUUAUGUUGAUGAUAAAUUCACAAUCCAAAGCAUUCAUGAACAUGUUCUGACUGUAUAUACUGGAUUGAACGCAACAACUUCGAGCAUAUUCGAUACAAAUGCAUAUGAAAAGGGGAUUAUUUUGCUCAAUAUGAUUUAUAAAGUAUUCAAGAGUGAAGGCAAGGAUUUAAUUGAAUGUUUUGGGAAGUUUGUUAUUGACAAAUAUAAGGGUCAAUCUAUUAAAGUGUUUGAUAUUUGGCAACAAUUGAACGAAUGCGUCAGCAUUGAUCUUCCUAGUUUCUUCUAUUCAUGGACUAGACUUCACGGAUAUCCUUUAGUGAGAGUAUCUUACUCUAGAGACCAGUUACAUAUUGAACAACAUACUUAUCUUUAUAAUAUUCCUGAUUUAGAUAAAGUUGGUAUUGAAGAUGCACCAUUCCAUAUUCCAUUGUUAAUUCGUGUUGUUGAUGAUAAAAAGGAAGUCAAAACUUUGAAUGUGUUACUUACAGACAGAUCUCUUGACUUAGAUAUUCCAAAGUCUCAAUUGAUUAAUAUUAACAGUGGAAGAGGUGGUUACUACCGCGUGUUAUAUAAUGAGUUAACCAAUAUUAAUUUGAUGACUUCUUCAGAUUUGAUUGGUGUUUUGCAUGAUUUAGGUAAACUCUUGGGUACCCAACACUCAACAAGCAAGGAUUUGGCGCAUUUCUUUGAUAUCAUGGAAUUGUUUGUUCAAAGCAGUUGGAAAUGGGAUUGGAAAGUUAUGAAGGUUGCUUUGACUUACUUAACCAAAUUUCAAACUAUAUUCACAAAUUAUAUUACUUCCCCUAAAUUCCAAUCUUGGUUAAGCAAGUAUGCUAGUGAUUUAUUCCAAAGAAUUAACUGGGAUAAAGUAAUGACUGGAAAUUAUUCCCGUGGAGAAUUAGAUGUCUACUCCACUAUUCUCGACAUCAACAUCAACAACAAACAUGCAGUUGAAUUUGCAACCCGUCAUUUUUCCCAAUUCAUCAAUCCUACUCAAAAGACUACUUACGUCCCUGGAGAACUUCUUGGGUCAAUUUUCAACUUGUCCAUGAGUGUAGCCACUAUGAAACAAUACAAACAAGUAUUGGCCCUUGUUAAAAAUUCCAAUACUUCAUUACUUAAACAUACUAAUUUGUUAGAACAUGAAUUACAAACUGUGGCUAUUAGCUCAUUGGCAUAUCCAACCUCUCAAGAAUUAUUACGCAAGACCUUGAAUUUCGUGCAUAACAAUAUUGAUUCUAAAAUGAUUGAACUUGCUGUGGUUGGAAUCACAAAUUGUACUGAUAACGCCCGCGUUCGUAUCGUUUUUGAUUGGUUCAAAUUGAACUACGACAAUUGGGUGUUACGAUCAUUGAGAAAGGGAAGUGAUUGGAGUAAACAAAUAGGGGUCACUGUUAAAAAUUUGGCAACGUUGAUUUUGGAAUUGAUGCAUAGAAAUCAACAGUUUGAAGUGUUGAGAGUUGAAUUUAUAGAAAGUAAAAGAGUGGCGUUGCCAGAACAUGGAUUACAUCUGUUGAACGAGGAAUUGGAGCAUGAACGCGAGGAAAAACUUGUAAUUGUCCUGUUCCUUGAGGAUAUUAAACAAAGGUUGUAAAUAGAAUGUCAUGUAAGUAAAGUUUAAAUUAAUGUAUAAGAAGUAACUCUAA